AGAUAAUUUCGAAUUGAAAUUUAUUUAAUAAAAUGGCAUUUAAAAGAGAACAUGAUAACGUUCUGUGCUUGAGAAAGACUUCAUGUGAUAGUCAGUGGGAGCUGAUUAAAUCGAAAUUUAUCAAUUUUAACAAAAUAAAUACAGCAGGAGUUGUUGCUUCUGUGAAAUCUCUCGUACAGAAUGAGGUUGGUAUCACCCGUCGUAUCCAGACCAGCGACAAAGCUUUAUCAGAACUUCUACUCGAUGGCAGUGAGCUAAUAUCUAACGUUCGCGUCGCCAAUGACAAACGUGAAAUUGAUCGUCGCAGAAGCGAAAAGAAAAUCAGGGAAAACUUGCUCACAGACUUGCGGAAUGAAAGUGUGGAAGCUGAGAAAAAAUUUGUCGAUUUAAAGAAACGUUGGCAGGAGUUGAUUGGUUAUAAAGAACCGAUGGGUUUGUAUGAGGGACUGGAAUUUCAAAAAAAUAAAAUCGAAGAUCUUAUGGCUCAAAAGAACGGUGUCAUUCAGCAGCUGCAUGAUGCACUGGAUAAUUCUAAUCAACGGUACUAUGAGGAUCAGGAAAAGCAGGACGCUGAUAUCGAUUGUUUGAUCGAACGUAUCGACUCGCAAGUGGAAGUGAUGAAGCGAGCGUAUCGUGAACAUUUGGAAUUACUACAAAAGACAAUCGAUGACGAGAGAGAUGCAUUCAAAAAUUCGGAAACUGAGAAAUGGCAAAAUUUGUACGACACUAGGGAGGAGUACGAACAGAAACAUAUGUCCAGGAAGAAGGAACAAAGUGCCGAAUAUAAUUUGGAAAUAAAGAAGAUUGCACUGGAACAUGAGGAGCUCAUUAGGUCGACGAAAAUUCGUUUGGAACGCGAUAACGACGAGUUGCAAAUUCAACUUCAAAAUGUUAAGGCUGAGAUUAUGCUCAAUUCGGAGAAACUCUCGUACAACCAUCAUGUGCUUCAGAAACGUUCGGACGAAAAUGUAAUAAUUAAGGGUCAACAGAAGAAGCGCUUGAACAAAUUGAACAGCCUGAUUGCAGGUUUGAAAGCGAAGAUAAAAACCGUUAAGGAUAACGGAGAGCACGAUAUUUCGAAAUUAACCGUUGAUGUGAUGCGACUUUAUACAAAUAUAUUGGAAAUGGAAGCAAAGGCAGCAAUUUUUGCAGAAGUUAAUGAUGAAAAGUACCACACUGUAUGGGAAAUGAACGACAAAGAGGUGAAAGCCUUGCUAAGAGACAUACUGGCUAUUGAUAAAGUUAUAUUCGAUCAACAACUCGGAAUAGAAUGGUAUGAGCCGGAUAACCCUUUGUUGGCUAAAAAGGAUCUAGUAUCGUAUAACGAAGCUCUGAAAUUAGUGGAAAAGGUUCGAGUUAAAUCUUCGAACCCUGCUCGACAACAAUGGAAGAUUCCUUCGUCGGAAUCUGAUUCGCAGAAGAAACUUGAUGUUUUAAAGCUAGUAUCGCAAAAAAUUGCGAGCAACGUUACUUGGCUGAUAGACCACAAUUUACCACCGCUAAUGGAUCACAGUUCAGAGGAAAGGAAUUUCAUAAAACUUGAUAACGUUUUUGCGUCCCUAGGCAUCUAUGACAUAACCAAUGCAGCUCUGUUGGAAUCAUUUUUUCUUCCGUACAUUUGGUGUCCCAAUUGCUCGUCGCCAUGCUCACCGUGUUCUUCUGAACAGACGAAAUUUGAUUGUGAUGACCAUUACCUCGUCAUCGAUUCAGCGAACAUUGUGCCGGCGAUAAGGGAAUACAUAAAGAAAUGCUACCAUCAAUAUGUGAAUGAAAGUAGUUCGGCACUGUCGUAUUCCGGCACAACAAUUUGCAGACUGAUGAAGGCCAGUGAUGUUUUCACCUUUUGGAAAGCGUACACGGACAUGUUUUCGGAAAUCAAAGAGAAAACUUGGAUAGCGCUUGAGAUAGGUCUCGGUCAAUAUUUGCAGAUAUUGAAGAAAAGGGAUAAGCUGGACAUGGAGUGCUCGUUUUUACGGAAUCAAAAUGAGGAAUUGAAGCAUUUACUGAAAAUGUACUUACCGGAAACAUAAAUUCAGCGGAUAAUUAUAAAUAACUCAACUUGAUAACCUGAAUAACCACAUCAGUUAAUAAAAAUCUUU